CUGGGAAGGUACCGGUAAUAACUCCCAAGGAAGGAUUCAGAAAUUUCAAAACAUAUUUUGUGUGCAACUGUACUGAAGCAAAAAACUUGGUAAUGAAAUUCACUUCUGUAGAACAACAACUAUCUUGACAUGGAGUGCCAUCAUGAGAACAUUUCGAUGGCGAUUCUCUUCAGACUGUUACAUAAUUGUACACAUCAUGGUAGCUGUCGCCACAGCACAGCAAUUUUCGGCAGCAGAGACUCUGAAUGGAAACUCCGCCCCGGUAGUUUCGUGGGUUUUUGAGAUGUAGUACUCAGCAUCUGUAUUGAGAAAAGUCUCAUGAUCGGAAUCGACAAUAACUACACUGGCUUGCUGCCCGUAACCCGUAUCUUUUUUCAAAGGCGUAUGCAGAGCUUUGAUCAAUUGCGAACCAAUAUAUUUAUCUUCCCAAGGAAGAACCGGCCACGCUAUAUCAGUAGAUGAAGAGACAAAAGGAACAUCAAUGUGUUGUAAGCAUGGGUGUAAUCUUCCUAUUUGUUCAGACCGUUGACUUUCGACUUACGCAUAGAUUUUGUGAAUCGAUCGUAUUGUUCUUUUGUUUCGUCAAGACUGACAAACAGGAAUUCAACGUCGUCGCGUUUCUCCGUAAUAUUCCGAUAAAUCAUGGCCAGUUUCGGCACGAAAAAAGUUCGGGUCAAAUGAUGACCUUCUCUUCCAAAAACGAUGGCAACUUUUUUGCCCUCGAGAUUGCUCUUGUUUCUGUUGGUCCCGGUGACCUCGAACGUGUCGAGACGGCUCCUGCCUACUAGCACAUCGUUUGGAACCACUUUGACAGUUAUCGUAGUCGCACCCUUGACCCGCUUGCGGUCGGGCAUGGAAGAGCCAACCUUCCACAAAAGAUCUUUGAGGCCCGAGAAUUUUGUUGGUGGUGACAUGCUUCGAUUCGAAAGAUAUUCUUGCUGAUUAGUUUCACUCUUUUAGAUUUCGAGUUUCUAACGAAAUGAGGAAAAUACCUUAAAGUGGUCACGACAACAUAAACAGAAACGAUCUUC